CAGAGGCCUUGAGCGACUGCGCAUGUGUGGGACAAUUAAGGGUUUGGAGGUGGGCGGUGCAAGAUGGCGGGCCCGGGGCUGGUCGCUGGCGAAGUAGCUGUAGAUGCUCUUCCGUAUUUCGAUCAAGGCUAUGAGGCGCCGGGCGUGCGGGAGGCGGCCGCAGCGCUGGUGGAGGAGGAGACGCGGCGUUAUCGGCCCACCAAGAACUACUUGAGUUACCUGCCCGCGCCAGACUACAGCGCCUUCGAGACUGAAAUAAUGCGAAAUGAGUUUGAACGUCUAGCAGCCCGGCAGCCCUUAGAACUGCUAAGCAUGAAAAGGUAUGAACUGCCUGCUCCCUCUUCUGGGCAGAAGAAUGAUAUCACAGCAUGGCAGGAAUGUGUUAAUAACUCAAUGGCUCAGCUGGAGCAUCAGGCAGUUCGAAUUGAGAACUUGGAGUUAAUGUCUCAGUAUGGCUGCAAUGCAUGGAAAGUAUAUAAUGAACAUUUAGUUCACAUGAUUGAACAGGCACAAAAGGAGCUGCAGAGUUUGAGAAAACAUAUUCAGGAUCUGAACUGGCAGCGGAAGAAUAUGCAACUCACCGCUGGUGCUAAACUUAGGGAGAUGGAAUCUACGUGGGUGUCUCUGGUCAGUAAAAAUUAUGAGAUUGAACGGACCAUUGUGCAACUGGAAAAUGAAAUCUCUCAAAUUAAGCAACAACAUGGAGAAGCAAACAAAGAAAAUAUUCAGCAAGACUUCUGAGACUUUUCUUGGUCUUCUGUUACCAGCAUGGAAAAACUGAAGUAAACACAUGGCCUAGAUACUAAUUUCUGUGUUUGUAGUGAUAGGUAAAUCCUCUGUGUUAGAUGUUCCCUGAGCUUUACAAAAACUGACUACAGGAAGCAGAAUUAUUCCCUGGAAGAGUUUAACCUGGACUCGUAUCCUACAUUUUCUGGCAUGAACAUGUUGUAUUUUUGCAACAGCCUUAUUUAAUUGUUGGAUUUUUUGAAAAAAACAAAAAACCCUGAAAAUAAACAUUUUUCAACUUCA